CCAAUUACCAACAACGUCGCAAAUCAACACCGCGAGGAGACAUGCAUAGCCAUCACGUCUGAGAGGAAGUGCUUUCAUCCAGGAAACAGCUUUGUGAAGCGCUCCCUUCGACCUUUCGAAUGGCAAGUCAGUCACAUCAAAGGAACAAUUCAUGUUCCUAGGCUGGGCAACGAACGGCUCCUUAACGAGGCGGCGGCACUAGCCUACGUUCGCUAACAUACGAAUAUUCCCGUCCCCAAGUUGUACUCCUACUUCGAAGACGAUCAAGCCGUCGUUCUAGUUAUAGAGUACGUCGACGGCGUCGGUAUAAACGAACUCGACGAUGCGCAACGAAAGAUCGUCAAAGCGGAGCUAGAACAACACCUGGAAACGCUGCAAGGUUUACGGUCCUCGAGAAUAGCAUCGUUAUUUUACCCUAUCUAUCGAGCAACACUUGCAACCUUAGGAGACGACUGGAGUCUUCAGCAAUCCGUUCGUAAGGAAUACGUCUUCUACCACAACGACCUCUCGCAACAUAACGUUGUAGUAGACCCGGUAUUACUGAAGAUUUCUGCUAUACUUUACUGGGAGUACGCUGGAUUCUUUCCUACGUGGUUCGAAAGGCGGUUUUUCGAACGUAUUGGACCAUUAGUCGCUAAGGACGGUGAA